AUGUCGACAGCAAAGGCGCGCUCUGCCUACGCCAAGAUGAUUCUUGGGCCAGAACUCCAUGGUAGUUUGGCGGAUACGAGGGUCCUUCUCGUUGGUGCUGGAGGAAUUGGCUGUGAACUAUUGAAAAACAUCGUGCUCACUGGCUUCGGAAAAAUAACCCUUUUGGAUCUGGACACUAUUGACCUCUCCAAUCUCAACCGCCAAUUUCUGUUCCGCAAGAAAGAUGUCAAACAAAGCAAAGCUUUGGUCGCUGCGCAAACCGCCGCACCAUUCAACCCCAACGUCCAGAUUACACCUAUUCAUGGCAAUAUCAAAGAGCCACAAUACGACCUCGAGUGGUACAAACAGUUUGAUAUUGUUCUGAACGCUUUGGACAACCUAGACGCGCGUCGGCACGUAAACAAGAUGUGUAUGGCAGCUCAAAUUCCCCUCGUUGAGAGUGGGACUGCCGGAUACCUUGGCCAAGUCCAGCCGAUUCUCAAAGACAAGACUGAAUGUUUUGACUGCAUUCAAAAGCCGACACCAAAGACAUUCCCUGUUUGCACCAUCCGUUCAACUCCCAGUCAGCCAAUCCAUUGCAUAGUCUGGAGCAAAAGCUAUCUUAUGGGACAACUGUUUGGUGAGGACGAGGAUGCCGUAGGGGAGCUGGACGAAGCUGAGAAACAGGGCGAGAAUGCCCAAGAAAUUGCCACCCUACGUAGAGAAGCUCUUGCGUUCAAUGCGGUACGAGAAGCGCUCCGUUCCCCGCAGGCCACCAAGGCAGCGCAAAAGGUAUUUGAGAAGGUUUUCGAUGCUGACAUUCGAAAUCUUUUGAGUAUGGCAGAUAUGUGGCGUGCCCGUGCACCACCGACACCCCUCGACUUCGAAGCAAUUCUCAACGAGACCUUCGUUCUUCAUCGCGAAGACCCUCCCACCACGCAUGUUAAUGGACACUCUAACGGUGCUUCUCGCAACUCCAAUGGCGCCAAAGCCAAUGGUGUGGCCAACGCUGAAGCAAGUGGCAGCUCUGCGAAAGCUGGAUCGGGUCUGAAGGACCAGAAACAGCUCACGUUGAAGGACAAUGUGUUGCUUUUCAUAUCAAGUACGGAACGACUCGCAGCGCGCUUGCAAUCUGGAGAAAGCACGAUAUCGUUUGACAAGGAUGACGAUGAUACGCUCGACUUUGUGACUGCAACUUCCAAUUUACGCUCUGCUGCCUAUGGCAUCUCUGGUAAAACGCGCUGGGAAGUCAAAGAAAUGGCCGGCAACAUCAUCCCCGCAAUCGCAACGACCAACGCGAUUGUCUCUGGUCUGAUUGUCCUGCAAGCCUUACAAAUAUUGCGCAGGUCCUACGAAAAACUACGAAACGUGCACAUUCAGGUCAAGCCAUCAGUUCCGCUGAGCACGAUUCAGCUAUAUAAGCCGAACCCGUCCUGCGGAAUAUGCCGCGACACCUACACCCAAGUACAAUGCGACCCCCAACGAACGUCACUUGGUGACGUGGUGAAGGGUAUCCUGGGCGAGGACGAGCGUGAAGUGAGUGUUUACGAGGACAAGCGGGUGCUAUGCGAUCCCGACUGGGACGACAACUACGAGAGAACGCUGGAUAGCCUCAAUGUGUCGCGGGGCAUGUUCUUGAAUAUUGUGGAUGAAGAUGGCGAACUGGGCACUAUUUCCGUAGGAAUCUGCCAUCUCCCGCCCAACCAUCCUGCUGAUGGACCGUCAUUGAUCCUCCCGAAUCCCAUACCUCGACCACCACAAAAGGUCAAGCCACCUCCUGUCGUACCAGAGACUCCCGUCAAAAUUUCUCUGAAGCGGAGAGCGCCAGGAGAGGAGGGCGGUGACAUUCUUGACCUUGAACCGACACCGAAACGGGUCAAGCUCAGCCCCGAAGUCCUGAAAAGCCCGAGUAAAGCGCGCAAAUUGGAAGAGGAUGGCCUUGUUCUCAUGGAGAGUAACGAUGAUAGACUAGAUGACGACGUUAUUGAAAUCGACUAG